GUGAUUUCACUGCCGCGGAUCGCUGUCCGGCGGGUGGCCGCAGCCUAGGGCGGUACGUGUGUCGGCCUGCAACCCACCUGACAGGAGAGGCGCUGCCGGGGACGCCUUGAGAGUAUGAGGCUCUGGCCCCCACAGGCCACUCACUCGUGAUCCUUCCACCACGGCGGAACCUUCCAAGCCCACCUCCUGCCGUGUGGUGAUCUACCUGAAGCGGGAGAUGUCAGGGGAUACCUGUCUCUGCCCAGCCUCAGGAGCCAAACCCAAGCUAAGCGGCUUCAAGGGAGGAAGCCUGGGCAACAAGUACGUCCAGCUCAAUGUGGGCGGUUCCCUGUUCUACACCACUGUGCGGGCACUCACCCGGCACGACACCAUGCUCAAGGCCAUGUUCAGCGGGCGCAUGGAGGUGCUGACUGACAAAGAAGGCUGGAUCCUCAUAGACCGAUGUGGAAAGCACUUUGGCACCAUUUUGAAUUACCUCCGUGAUGACACCAUCAUCCUCCCUCAGAACCGUCAAGAAAUCAAGGAAUUGAUGGCUGAAGCGAAAUAUUACCUCAUCCAGGGCCUGGUGAAUAUGUGCCAGACCGCCCUGCAGGACAAGAAGGAUUCCUACCAGCCUGUGUGCAACAUCCCCAUCAUCACGUCCCUGAAGGAGGAGGAGAGGCUCAUCGAAUCUUCCACCAAGCCCGUGGUGAAGCUGCUGUACAACAGAAGCAACAACAAGUAUUCCUACACCAGCAACUCGGAUGACCACCUACUGAAAAACAUCGAGCUGUUUGACAAGCUCUCCUUGCGUUUCAACGGUCGUGUGCUCUUCAUCAAGGACGUCAUCGGCGAUGAGAUCUGCUGCUGGUCAUUCUAUGGCCAGGGCCGUAAGCUGGCAGAGGUGUGCUGCACCUCCAUUGUGUAUGCCACAGAGAAGAAGCAGACCAAGGUGGAAUUUCCAGAGGCCCGAAUCUAUGAGGAGACACUCAACGUCUUACUCUAUGAGACCCCCCGAGUUCCUGACAACUCCCUGUUGGAAGCCACAAGCCGUAGCCAUCGCCAGGCUUCCCCCAGUGAAGAUGAAGAGACCUUUGAACUGCGGGACCGCGUCCGCCGCAUCCAUGUCAAGCGCUAUAGCACUUAUGAUGACCGGCAGCUCGGCCACCAGUCUGCCCAUCGCGACUGACAAGACCCUCAGGGAGUCAGGGCAUGGGACACCCUAUCUCCCCUCCUAUGGAAUUCUGCCACCUUGGCCACCCCCCACAGCUGCUGGCUGGGUCUCUGCUCCAGCACCCAGAGGCAUGACAGACCCUGCCUGGGAGGUCAGAGGGCUUGAGGAGGGGAGGGACUACAUUCCUUUGCCCUGUUCCCUGAGCACUUCAAGAUGACUGAGUCCUGGUCCCUUUGCUCAGCGGCUCCCUUCCUGCCCUACAGGGAGCUGCUUUGGCCCCAGGGUGAAUUAAUCUGCCCACCUCCUGCUAAGAACAUUCCCCUUGGCCCUGCUGAACGCCCCUUUGCCCUACUGAAGGGCUACUUUUAGGCCUCAGCUGAGGCCCAUGGGAGUGGGGUCAUUCAGUGGAGAAGGUGGCUGCUGGUGCUGUGGAGACCCACUCUCUUGGAAGGUGGGGUUCCUUUUCUCCUAAGGUGUUUAAGCACAAGCCUGAUGAGGUUUUUGUUUUUUUAAUAAUCUAGGAAAUGAAUAGUUAUAAGUCUAAUAGUGAGGGGACUGGGUAUUCCUGCUACCCCUGUAGGAUGCCAAGACCCUGGGUAAGGCAGAACCCUGGGCCCAUCUCGAUACCUUUGGGAUCUAUUUCUUUAAAGCACUUUGUACUUUUGUUGAGGAGAUUGUAUUCUUCCUUGACCCAUGUUGUCUUUUUCUAACCCUAAUUCCCUCCUUCCCUUCAGAAUCAAUCUGAGGGAGGAGAUAGAAGAAGCAAUAAAAACACUGACCAGUUUUGGCUUUGCCAGGCUGGCCAAGCAGCCUGCCCAGAGAGCACUGAGGGAGGAUAUGUAAGUUGGGACUUGUGGUCCUAAUAACACCCUUCUGAGAAAGGACAUUUUACCCCAACAUCUUAAGAAUCAUAUAACUGAUUCCUAGGGUCUAACAAUUGUUUCUUUUUCUUGCCCUCAGUUCCACAGAAUGAUGUCCUUACUGUAGAGCCAAAGAGCCAUUUUAAGGGUCAGGAGCAUGAGCCACAGCAGGAACGCUGUGGUCAUGGCCACUGGACCUAGAGUCCUACAUUCUCCACAGUCCUGUCCAGAGAUGGAGUGUGCUUGGCCAUACAUCCCACCUCCCCCCACGCAUGCUAUUGGUUUUGUGUCCUGGUUGGGCAUUGUGGUUCUUUCCAGGGUGAGUCUCUAAACACAGGACAAUGUGAGCAGCCUAAGCCCCUUGAAAGGUUUCUUCGUUUCUUUCUUGUUGGGUAAUUUGGCCAUAGAGAUGCCAAGCACCAGCCCUUGGGCAAAGAUGCAAGUUCCUCUUUAGGGCUUUGGUUUUCAUUUUGUUUGGCUAGGCCCUAGAAGACUGGUUAUCUGAAUUAUUUUUCAAAGGAAUGCCACCAGGAAGGGAAUGUUCAGCCAGCCUAAUGAAUAAAGCAGCAUAGCCACUUAGCAAGUUCAUCUCUUAACUACUCUUACAAUAAGCCCCUAAGUGGCUAUUCAUGGCUGAUUCCACAGAGCCCAUGGGCAAAUGCCAAGCCAGGGUUAGCGGACAUUCAACAAGGACCUGAAAUGACAUGAUGGGUCAAAGGAAUUGUGAGUCUAAUCAGGUAUUUUACAACUUGUCACAGUCUUGAAUGUAUAGACUUUCAGGUGAGGUGCUGUGGUGAUCAGCUACAAACAGUUCUCCAGCCUGGGAUGAAGACAAAUCCAUUUCUUUGGCCAGAUUCUGGCUUUGGCUUUGUGCCUUUCUCACAGAGCCUGGAAUAAUUCUGAGGCUACUGGCCUACUUCCUCAGCUGUCCUCCUGAAGUCCUUUAAUACUCAAAGUCCCAGCUCCCCACUGAAGUAUUUUAAGGAUUAUCCUUUGACCUUCACAGCUCCUGUAGCCUCUUACUGCUUUGACAUUCAGAUCCUCUGCUGUCUCCAUGGUGACUUUCUUCUUGAGAAAGCACAAUAGUCUGGAACUCAAGACACUUUCUCUGAUUGAAAAUAUCUCCUUGUUUUUAAGAAAAAUACUAACAUUGAGUUCACUGAAGUAAUCUUAGCUUUUUAAAUCAGACUUUGUGGUGUGAAGGCUUAGAGGAUUUUGUUUCACAGCUCCAUCAAAAAGCAACUCUUGGUCAUAGGAAUUUUUCAACUCCAAGCAGCUCAAGAGAAAAGUAAACAAAAAGCGUGGGUGAAGGUCAGCCCUUCUCAUCAGUUUCUCAGAAAACUAGAAGCCCACUGCUAAGGACACAUACCAGUAUUGGGUUUAUUCAGUUUGUUGUCUGACCAAGGUCUGCCUUAUGGAUAGCACUGGUCCUGGCAUGAAGGAACUUCUUUAUCACACAACUACAAAACUUUGUUGUUCAGCAUAGGUGAUGGAAACAAACACUAAUUUCUAAUAAAAGUAUGUUACACUGCAGUGGUACAGAGCCGUGCUUACAGUGAGUGAGUAUAGCUUGGUCAGCUUGCUGCUAUGGAUGUAGUUCUUGUAUUUGUGUUCACCACCCCACCUUGUGUUCUUAGGUCGUUAAGUCCAGUUGGCCCUCAAUUCUGCAACCCAGGCUCCCCCUGGUGG